AUGUCUGAUGCCUAUGCAAAAGCCUCCAUCAAGAAUGGUCCAGAAGUUGGUGCCGGUGUGACACUUUACAAAGAGACCGACAGUUCCGGUUCCAGUACAUUGGCACAAGUCGGUGCAACCGCUGGAUUGACUAAUAAUGGAUUGGAUGUGAGUGCAGAUGCGAAAUUUGUUUGGGUAGAGAAAACCGGAGAGUUCUUCAACGCUGGACUCGGUAUCAAUUUCGAUACGGGAGUGAAGGCCAACUCGGAUGGAGUGGAUGCGUCUUUUCUUGGAUGGGGAGUCAAGAUGGGACCGAGCGGUGUUGGAAUCAAGACUCCUAUAGCCAGUAUCUUUGGAAAAUUCUGA